CAGGACGUGGAUAUCCAGGUGAAGGAUGACCCCCGGCAGACCCCCCUGGGGUCGGUGUCCGUGCCCCUGUCCCGCCUGCUCCAGGCUCCAGACCUGACCCUGGACGAGCCGUUCCUGCUGCAGCGCUCGGGGCCCCGGAGCCGCCUGUUCAUGAAGCUGGUCCUGCGGGUGCUUUUCCUGGACGCCCCCGAGAGCGGCGAGUCCCCCCCUUCUGCCCCCCCGGGGCAGCCACAGCCCCCGGGCAGCACCGAGAGACCCCCCCGGCCCAGCCAGGCCAGCCCGGACCCCCGGUUUGGCACCGAGCACGUGCUGCGGAUCCACCUCCUGGAGGCCGAGAACCUCAUCGCCAAGGACAACUUCCUCAAGGGGAUGGUGCGGGGCCGCUCCGACCCCUACGCCAAGGUCCGGGUGGCCGGGAGGGUUUUCCGGAGCCGAGUGAUCAAGGAGGACCUGAACCCCCGCUGGAACGAGGUCUAUGAGGUGAUCGUGGACAACGUCCCGGGGCAGGACGUGGAGUUCGACCUCUUCGACAAGGACGUGGACAAGGACGAUUUCCUGGGCCGGUGGGUGCUGGGGGGGG